AUGUCAUCAAAUAACAAUCGUUCCUCACUUUCACAAUUUUGCGAAAAAUCAUUAAAAAAAGUUUCGGAAGUUUAUAUUCAAACAAAACAAAAUUCGAUUAAAUUAUUAAGCACCUUAAAUAUCAACCUUGCAAAUAGACGUAAUGAAAAUGCUGAAAUAGAAUAUAAAUCAAAUGAUGAUUUAGAAGAUUGCCAUGAUUAUAAAAAGACAAAGUGGAUGGAUUCGAAGCCUGCCUUUUUUAAUCCACCUACACCAUAUCAAAUAGAAACUUAUCAUAAGUUUAUAACGGAUGCCUCAUCACCUUAUUCCAAUUCAAUGAACGUAACAGAAUAUUUGAAUUGUUCGGAUGAUGAAAAAUUUUCAAGUGGAAAUGAUAGUCCAUAUUCAAAUUACACGGUGAAUAGUUAUUUUAAUUAUCCACGUAAUUCUCUCCCUCAAAGUCCUUACCUACAAAAAAAUCCAUACAGUAAUGAUGAGAAAGAGCCUUCAGAUCAUGAAUAUUCUGAUGAUCAGGAUGAUUAUUUUUCAAGAAAGCGGUCAAAUUGUUCUUCUCAAUCAUCAUCAUCAUCUGUAUCGACCAGUUAUGGAAUCUCUGAUUUGGUCAUGACUCCAUUUUCAAGUGAAUCGGUUUAUGAUAAGAAAGAUGAAGGAUAUGAAUUUAUUAAUGAAGAAGAAAUUGAGUAUAUCGAAAAAGAAAAAGCUAAUAGAAAAAAAUUGAAACGAAGUAAAUCAAGCAAAUCAAGCAAAUCAAGUACAAAAUCUAUUAGCAGUCAAAUUAGCCAUAAAUCAUUGAAAAGCAUUAGAUCCAUAAAUAAAUUAUCUCUAAAGUUGAAUAAAAAUAAAUUAUCAUCUCCAACGACAAAAGAUUCAAUUGGAACUAUAAAUUUUGAAGAAUUCAUCGGUUCUUUGGAUAUUUCUGAAGAUUUGGAAGAAAGAUUACAAUGGUUAUUUAGAUUUUAUGAUAAUGACGGAGAUGCAGGCAUUCCAGGAUCGGGUAAAACUACAUUGGCAAAUAAUCUCGUACAAGUUGUAAACAAUUUAGUUGGAAAACAAAUAGCCAUCAAUAUAUCAAUGGAUGGAUAUCAUUAUCCCAAAAAAAUAUUGGACACAUUUCCGAAUGUUGAGGAAGCUAAUGCUCGUCGUGGAGCGCAUUGGACAUUUGAUGCUGAAGGACUUCUUAAACUUGUUGUCAGUCUUCGAAAUCCAAUAAUACAUCAGAACAUCAUUAAUGCACCAUCCUUUGACCAUGCUGUUGGCGACCCUGUCGAAGAUGACAUCAAGAUUCUUCCAAGUCAUCAAUUAGUGAUAUUUGAAGGACUUUAUCUUCAUUUGAGAGAACCACAUAUUUGGAAUUCAAUUGCUUUACAAAUGGAUGAACUUUGGUUUUUACAAAUAGAUCGUGAAAUUGCAAGAAUGAGAAUGAUUAAAAGACACAUAAAAAGUGGAAUUGCUAAAGAUGAGAAAUCUGCGGCAUAUAGAAUAGAAAGUAAUGAUUUUGUAAAUGCUGAUUAUAUUCUGGAGAAUAGCAUUACACCCACAAAGGUAAUUAUUAUUGACUAA